AUAAAAUCUAGAAACUUCGGAAAUUUGCUUUUUGACCCGUUCCAAUUACCGUAAUUAAAGUUACUUUUCAAUUGCCUGGUUACUGCCUUUUGGCUUUCGAGUACAUCAAACGAGUCACAUAUUUCUAUAAAUGUGUUUCUCAUUUCCUUACCAUUACUAAACUUUUAUUUUAAGUUCUUUCUCAGGGCCAAUACACCUGGGUAAUAUGCAUCUGACCCUCCUGAUCCUUUAUAAUGAUGAUGUUUUAUUAUGUACAACAGAUCUGGGACCUAGCCAGUGGGACCCUGAAGUUAUCCCUGACCGGCCACAUCAGUUCUGUGAGGGGCCUGUGUGUCAGCCCCAGACAGCCAUACCUUUUCUCCUGCUCCGAGGACAAACAGGUCCGCUGCUGGGACCUGGAAUACAAUAAGACGACGCGGCACUACCACGGUCACCUGAGUGCAGUAUAUGCACUGGACCUCCACCCAACCAUUGAUGUAUUGGUAACAUGUGGGCGCGACGGUACUGCCCGUGUGUGGGACGUCCGGAGUAAGGCGUGUGUACACACCCUCACCGGUCACAACAACACAGUGGCCAGUGUCAAGUGUCAGGCCUCAGAACCUCAGGUAAAACCACGUACAAGUUUAUACAACAACAGGAAACACACUUACAUUAUGUAAUCUUGAGUGUUAAAA